AUGUGGGUUCUCAGAGUCUCGGACCUGCUGGAAAUUGAGGGCCCAGCUCCCUCGCACGAGGAGUUGCACCGACGAAACCUCUUGGUGGAGUGGAAACCGACUCUUCUCACGAUAUUUGUUUCACACCAGUGGUUGAGCAGCUGGCAUCCCGAUCCUGAUGGGCUACAGCUGAAGAUCUUGCAGAAGGCGUUGCGGAACACCAUCGAUGGCACGGUUAACGUGGAGUCAGAUGUCGUAUCACAGCUACGACAGCAGUAUAGAAGGCUUGGUGAAAAAGAAAGGGAGCAACUGGCAAGUGCCUAUGUUUGGCUUGAUUGGUUCUCGAUCCCGCAGAUCCCAAACUCGAAAGCUGAACUGGGCAUUCAGUCGAUCCCAUUCUAUGUGGGUUCGUGCCAGCUCUUCGUGGCUUUAGUGCCGCCCCUGCGCCACUUCGCAUCGCAGCAGGACUGUGAUCUUGCGAGCUGGUUGUCAAGAGGGUGGUGCCGUGCCGAAAUGUGGUGUCAGCUGCUGGCCGAUAGGUCGAACGGUGACGUGCCGAUCAUUGUCGUCUCCGGAGAGGACCAGAUUGAAUUUGCGCUUCCGUUGCAGUGGGUGCAAAACCCUGCACAUGAAGGUGAGUUCACUUGCCAGUCCGAUCGAGAGCGCGUCUCUGGUUUCGUUCGAACUGCACUCGACAACAAGCUGCUUCGCCUACGAGCUUCUGGUCAGAUUGAACUGUUCAGGUACUAUGCGGCCAGAUACGAAGUUUUGGUUGGGCUGCCUGCUGCGGAGCGUGAUGUCGGUGAUUUCGUGUCGCGCUUCUCGUUCCCGUCGCUGCAGGCUGCGAUACACCAGCGGCGUGGCAUGGGGGCUGCAGCUUGCGCUGCUCUCUCUGGCGACGCGGCCCUACUGUGCCGACUGGCCGCGGAAGGUGCGCCCAUCCAGACGCGCCUGAGCGACAUGGCCGAGGUUGGCAUCGAAAAUGGGUGGACCCCGCUGCAUCUUGCAAUUGUCAGCAGAGAGGAGUCUGCUUUGAAAAAGCUACUUCAGCUUCAAGCAGAUCCCAACACCACAGACAGCUUCUUGAAGAUCCCGGUCUUGGGACUCUGCCACACGACCUCGUCGGUCAAGAUGUUGGUGGAGCAUCGGGCAGAUGUGAACUUGAGGCCGCCUCCUUUCUUUCAGUCUGCCUUGGCUGCUGCAUGCAACCGCCAAGCUCCCGUGGCUGUCACGGCUGAGCUCAUCCGGCUGGGUGCAGAGGUGAAUCUGUCUGCAGGUGGCACAGGCAUGGGACCUCUGGCAUCCCUUGCCAGCACAGCGCGUAGCAACCCUCACUGCCUGGACCAGUUGGAUUUGCUGAUCGAAAACGAGGCAGACAUCAACCAACCAUGCAGAACGAGUGGCAUCUUCAACAUCGUCGAGUGGUUGUGUCGCGGCUAUGUCCUUGCAGCUGGAGAGAGCCGGGAGACAGUGGCGGGUCUCAAGUACACGGCUGAGAUCAGCACCACCGCUCUGGGCCAUGCGGUGUUCUUCGGUGCAGACCGCAUGGUGCAGCAUUUGUUGGAUGCACACGCAGAUCCUCACAUUCCUAACAAGCGUGGUCGCACGCCGGCGCAGUUGGCGCGGCAUGCAAGUGUUCAGCAAGUCUUGCACCAUCAUGCAACCUCCUUUUCGAUCUGA